AUGCGCCCGCGUCGCAGCGGUCCGCCCUCGCGGUGGUUCGUUCGGGACCCGGCGGGGAUCGUCGUCGCUCUGUUUGCGUGGGUCCUCGUGUUUGGUCUGUUAAUGGCAGUGCUCGUGUCCAUCUCCCAGUGGGUGGGACUGCUGUCGCCCAUUGGCGCGACGGAGGGGAUCUGGUUCACGGGGCUCUUUGGCAUGUGCCUCUGGAGUCACGUCGUCGUGCUCAGCAGCGAUCCAGGCACAGUGCCGUGUAAGCUCGAGGGACGGGUGGGAACUGGAGAGGAGAACGGAAAUGACGAAAAAGAAGAAGGCGACGACGACGACGACGACGACGACGUGGAGGAGGUGGUCGAGGAGAUGCUGCUCAACGAGUUCGAAGAGUGCGAAGACGACGGCUCGCUGCUCGUCUACUGCGACGAGUGUGCGAUCUACCGCCCGUCCAGAGCUGUGCACUGCCAUGUGUGUAAGCGAUGCAUUGUGAUACAAGAUCAUCACUGUCCGUGGGUGAACAACUGUGUGGGCAUUGGCAACCAGAAAGCUUUUCUGUUGCUGUUGCUGUACGUGACGGCCACGAGUGUGCAAGCGAUCCUGAUGGUGCUGACGCAGUAUACCACAUGCUCCCGUGGCAAGUACCUGUGUGGACUGCAGCACGAGCAAUUCCCAGGCAAGCUGGGCGGAUGGAUUCUCGCCAUAUCGACCGUGUUUGGUCUGUUCUGCUCGCUCAUGCUAGCAAUGGAGCUGUUUAAUAUUUACCAAGACCCGUUGUUCACGAUGAUUGCCGACCAACUCGCUGCUCGUCGCGGUCGAGACAACUCGUCGUCGACGCUCGAGCGCAACCUGAGUGUCAUUUGUGCGACAGAUGGCAUGCAGGCCUCGUGGCUCUUUCCGCCACUGGAUCGCCGCUCCCAGCGCGACGAAGAGAUCGUACACGGCUUUCGAGGUCACUCGGACAGUGCCAAGAUCUGCUGA